UUCUCGCUACAGCCGGCGAGUAUCAAAAUCUUUAACUGUGUGGAGAGUGAUAUUUACAGUUUUACCCUUCCCUGAAAAUCAGAUUCCGAGCCAAAAGAGGCCUCGGCCUCUUCCUCGUGCUUCAAAAGCUCUCUCUCAAAAUUUCACGAGCUCUUUACUCUGAAGCUUCACCGUUAACAGCCGUAUGAUGGAGGGGUUUACACCGACGGAAUAGUACAUUUUCGUUUUGAGCGGAGGUAGAUUUAGAAUUUGGGAGAUUCCUUUCGUUCUCGUGUCAGUGAUUGGAAACCUCAACUUUGCACAAGGCUGUAGAUUACAGAGAAAUGGAUGGGGAUACUUCUGGUGUAGAGGGUGAUAACUGGAACACUGACGAUGAGCUGGAAAUUGAUAACUUCUCUUUAUCUUCUAAUUCGAGUUUGACACUUCCAAAUGGAGAAGCUGUUGCUUGCUCUGGGGAGGCAAGCUCAUCAGCUGGUUCUUCCAACUCCAAGUUGAUUGAUCAUUUCAUAGGGAUGGGGUUCUCUGAAAAGAUGGUAGCCAAAGCAAUUCAGGAAAAUGGAAAGGAAAAUACAGAUUCAAUUCUAGAAACCCUCCUUACAUACUCGGCUCUUGAAAGCUCUCCCCAAGGACAGCAACAUAUCGAUUCUGAUCAUUGUUCUUUGGAAUGUGAAGGGAGCUUUCUUGAUGAUUUCUCAGAUGUUGAUAGUUUUUCCGACAACGAGGAAAUCACAAAUCCUGUGUCUGAUGAGGAUGAGAAAUUGUUGUCUUUAGUGAAAAUGGGGUACACAAGGGAUGAGGCUUCAAUAGCAAUAGAGAGAUGUGGUCUCGACUCCUCACUUGUGGAGUUGACAGAUUUUAUCACUGCUGCUCAAAUGGCCAAGGUGGCUGAUGUUCAUUUCCCCCUUGAAGACAAGCCGAGGCCUAAUCUUUCAUACAAGAAAAGGAAACAUUUUGAUUAUGAGAUGUGGAAAAGGAAAAAGCAGAGGGGGUUAGAGAAGAGGCUCCUUCACGAUGAUGAUGAUGAGAUAGUCCGUCUCCCAAAUCCAAUGAUUGGGUUUGGUGUCCCUAAUGAAAUGUGCCAGACAAUUCAUAGAACACUCCCAGAGGCAGCCAUUGGGCCUCCCUUUUUCUAUUAUGAGAAUGUGGCUCUUGCUCCUAAAGGGGUUUGGACCACUAUCUCACGGUUCCUGUAUGAUGUGGAGCCGGAAUUUGUUGAUUCGAAAUAUUUCUGUGCUGCAGCUAGGAAAAGGGGCUAUGUUCACAAUAUCCCAAUCCAUGACAGAUAUCCUCUUGUUCCGCUUCCACCAAGCACCAUUUUUGAGGCAUUUCCCUUAACAAAGAAAUGGUGGCCUUCGUGGGACCCGAGAACAAAGUUGAAUUGCCUACAAACUUGCGUUGGCAGUGCAAAACUGACAGAGAGAAUCCGCAAGGCAAUUGAAGACUAUGAUGGUGAACCACCGCUGCAUGUUCAAAAGUAUGUGCUUGAUGAAUGCCGAAAGUGGAAUCUGGUCUGGGUUGGGAGGAACAAGGUUGCCCCGCUUGAGCCUGAUGAAGUAGAAAAGCUUUUGGGAUUCCCAACUAACCACACGAGGGGAGGUGGAAUAAGUCGAACUGAUAGAUUUAAAUCACUCGGUAAUUCAUUCCAGGUUGACACAGUUGCAUACCAUCUCUCGGUCUUGAAAGCCAUGUUCCCAAAUGGCAUCAAUCUUCUCUCUCUUUUCUCUGGGAUUGGUGGUGCGGAAGUAGCGCUACAUAGGCUUGGUAUCCCUCUUAAGAAUGUUGUGUCAGUUGAGAUUUCAGAAGUAAAUAGGAAUAUCGUCAGGAGUUGGUGGGAGCAAACAAACCAGAGAGGGAAUUUGAUCGACCUUGCAGACGUGCAGCAGUUAAAUGGCGAUCGGUUGGAGGAGUUGAUGGGCUCGUUUGGCGGAUUUGAUCUUAUUGUUGGUGGGAGCCCAUGUAAUAAUCUCGCAGGUAGCAACAGGCUUCAUCGAGAUGGACUUGGGGGUAAAGAAUCUUCACUCUUCUACGAUUACUUUCGUAUUCUAGACUUGGUCAAAUGUAUCAUGAACAAAACACAAUGAUUUUUCAUGUGAAGGAGCCCUUUUUCCUGUUACUUGUUUAA